GGGAGUCUGUGCGUGCUCUCUUGAUGAAUGCUGUAGUAUCUGGUUAUGCAGUGGAUGAGACCCAGUGCAUGAAAUGUUUAGAACAUAUAGCCGAGGUCCGCUGUUACGACUGUCACACAUACACAAGAUUGUGUGGCCAUUGUGACCAGUUGGUCCACGAAAUGCAGCCAUUUCAUGAUCGUGAUGGGUCAACUGGUGGCUUUUUCAAACCAAUCCCACCAACACUGUCUUUGGACUCUAAUGGCAAAUGGGUUUUAGUCGAUCGUUUGUUACCAUCAUCAAGCGCAAGUUUGGUCUGCCCCUACUGCAACAGUUCAAAAACUAUCCAAAGAGUUGGAAAACAUAAUCGUUGCAUUGUUAUUAAUUUAAGGGGUAGGUUUGAUAUGAACCAUGUCCUGUUUAGAUGCCUUCAGUGCCAAAAAGACCUACCCACAUCCAAUCCAGUUGUUGUUACUCAGCUUGGAUUUUGGCCUGGUAGUGUCAGCAACAUGACCUAUGUUUUUGAUCCAGAGGUUUUUUUACACUGGGAUCUGUUCCAGAAGGAAAGUCCUGGUUGUUCCGAGAGAUCUUAUCUUACAUCUCUGGAACAGUUUUCUUUAAGAAAAGGAAGGGUUGGAACCAUCAACAGUAAUUCCUUUUCAUGUGCUUUUAAGGAGUGGAAAUAUUGCCAGUAUAAGGUUAAUAUUUUACGCCACAUGGAUUGGAUGAAGUGCCCAGCUUGUGAAGACUCUCAACAUUCAGUCCAUGUGGAUGGAAAUAUGAAGCUUUACAGAUUCAAGUCUGCUGGAUCAAGACAAAGAGAUUGUUUCUAUGGUGAUGUCUUUGUUGCCUCAAACACAGAGGUUGACAAGCACAUUCAAAAAGUGUACCAAGGCUCCAAACACAGUACCAACAAACAAGAUCAGAACAAUUGUGGUGAAACUAACUGGCGAGCAGCUAGUAAUACACUGCGCAAGAAAAAAAAUCUUUCAGAGACUGGAUUGGAAAUAGCUGGAUGCAGACACUCACUGGCACAGAAGGCUGUUAAUAUGAUGUAUGGUGAAAUUUAUGGGUAUGCCCACUAUCUUCAGAAAUCAUAUUUUAUUCCAAAACAGGUGAAGUACUUUUGGUAUGAUGUUGUUUGCAAGUUCUGGCCAUGGCUUCAAAAGCAUGAUGGUGAAUCGGCGAAAAAUAUGAAACCAGCAUUAUCCGUGAUGCAUGCCAAGGCCCACUCAUGGUCUUGUCAGGUUAUCUGGGGUGGUAGAUGGCAGAAUGGUGCUUCUGCAACCACUGGAGAGGAAGUGGAGCAAAUAAACAGACAUUUCUCUCGACUAGGCACCAGCACUAAGCAUAUGCUUCCUGAAGUUAAGAAAAAACAGUGUCAAGUCUUGCCUCCACAGGUGAAGAUGCAGCUAUCCACCAUAGAAAGUGAACUUUCAGGGAUCCUCAAGGAGCUUCAUGUUUCAGCUGAUGUGCUGUCUUCCUGGAAGGAAGAGAUCUAUCGUGCUGCCCAGAAAGAGCAGAGUUCUCAGUCCUCCAUAAAAGUAAUUAUUUCACCGCAAGAAAAAGAGUUUUUGAUAAAGACAUCACAAUCUCAAACCAUGCCAACAAGGCUUAAGAACCUGUGUGAAGCUGCCAAGGAGUUGUAUGGCCAGCAGUAUGACCGAGUAAUUGCAGGAUCUUCUGCUGGUCAUGAAAACGUGGCAUGCACAAAUGCUGGAGAAGUAGUUAGUGAUGGAGAAAAUAUUUUGGUGGAAAAAGUCUCUACCCAUUUAAGAAAUCGGAUGGAACGUCACCACUUCUCAAUUGCUCAGAUGGUGUACAACAUGGCAAGGCUGGGAGAUUCCAGUAAGCAGAGGACAAGGAUUCGGCGAAAAGUUUCCAUUGAGAAGGAAUUGUUGCAGAAGGUUGUCACAAAGUAUAAUCAACUGGUUGGGGAAAGUGCCAAGGUUUCCCUAGAAAGCAUUGAGAAUGGAGUCUUCCCGUGGCAUGUAACUGUUAGCUCAGUGGAUGACCGUGUUCCUCGGAGUACCAAGAGAGCGGCAGUGGAAAAGCAAAUGGAAAUCGAUAGGUUCAAAGAGGAGCUUCCGCUGAUAAAGAGAGAGAUGAACUCCUUCAUUUCGUUCUACAAGGAUCGAAUCAUUCCUGAAAUUGAUAAGAAGAAAAAGGAGUUACAAAUUUCUUUAAAUGAUGCCGUAGAUACAGGUUCUCAAGUGUGUCAAUUAGAUGAGGAUUGCACUACUGCAAGUGAAAACAACUUUGUGGAAAGAGUGUCAGAUUGUGCCGCUCUUUCUAUAAGUGGAAAGGUGACCAAGGGAAAGAUUUCUUUGUUGGAAGAGGGGAAGGAGUUCUGCUUGAAGCAGAUUGCACCUGGCUUGAAUGCUUUUUCGUCAGUGUUAUCAAAUGAGUUGCCGUCAUUUAAAGAGCUGGCUGUUAAUUCCGAGGACGAUGGUUCUGAGCAGGAGGAAGAGGAUGAUGUUGAAGAUGUGUCGGAAGGCGAAGAGGAUGAAGGGGACGAAGACGACCUAGGUGAAAACAUAUAUGUUUGGCGUUUCCCUCAGGACAUCAGUCAGAGUACGUUUAACAAACGUAAUGGAAGUAAUGCAUGCAGUUUUAUUUCUAUUCUUCUCGCAUGCCUUUUUAAAAGGAAAAAUAUGCAGAUUCCAGAGGAAGGAUUUCUGCCUAGUAAUGUACUCCAAAUAUUGUGCGGUUGUAUUGAGAUAGGAAAUCGAAUGUAUGACAUUUGUCGGGAUAGCCUUCCCAGCAGAUAUCUGUCUGUUCAAGAAGCUGCUACUCUCGUAUCCUUCUCCAAUAUGCAUGUGUCUGUAGCAGAGCCCUUACCAGUAAGAUUGGAAGAUGUUCACGAGUUGUCCACCUUGUGUGGGCAGUUACGUAAAUUGACCGACGAUAAAAUCUACUUUUUAAAUAUUGUAAUUAACGAGAAGACCUCUUUGUUUGUGCUUACUCCACCGAAUAUCAUGUAUAUUGACACACAUCUUCACGGAUCCAGUGGUGCUGUCAUAGUAAAAGGCUCCACAUUGAAUUUAAGUGACUUCUGUAAGUUUGUGUGGGCUUUGGAAGAACAUGACCAAAGUACUUUUGGAUAUAUAUGA